UCAAAAUUUCAGUGUCGAUUAUUCUAUGCGCACUAGUGGACUGUGAAUAAAAAACAUUAGUUCUAAGGGAUUUAUUAUAAUACCUAAUUUGUUUUGAUUCACCUUUAUAAAGAAUACAGAAUGAUAUUGGUUGAUUAUGGCACAAUUCCUUAGUUUCUUAAAGAAAUUAAUAUCUAUUAAUAGAAACAUCUCUGUUGAUAUCAAAUUUGACAUUUAAAAUUUAUAGCAUAUAUAACAUAUACAGAUAUACACAUAUUCCUAAUUCCUAUUCUCUUUUAAAAAUUCGAUUCCUACUGCCUACAUUUACAAAAUGAAUCGACCGCCUCCAAACUAUGUAACUGGAACGAAUUGUGUGGUCGAUGAGGAUCAUCAGUACACUGUUCCAAUAAAAAUGAUCAAAACCCAAAUUGACAUGCCACUAUGGGAAAAAUCUGAAGCAUACUUGGAAUAUCUUGGUUUUGUCCUCGCAAUAAAUCAAGCCAUUGAAGGAAAAAGUAAUGAUGAAGGAAGUAAAAAUUCUUCAGAACAAGUUAAUAAUAUUGAUAUAAUGCUCAAUAGCAUAAGUAAGAUUAUUGAUGAAACUCCUGCUAUUGAUCAGCCCCAGAGAUUUGGAAACCAGGCUUUUAGAACAUUUUAUCAGAAACUUAAGGAUGAUCUAUUCAACCUUCUUCAAACAGCACUUCCCGAAAGGUUAUAUAGAUCUAUACCAGAAAUAAUGAUAUAUUUGUUGGAAGGAUUUGGGAAUUCAACAAGAAUUGAUUACGGCACUGGUCAUGAAAUUUCAUUUGUUAUGUUUCUCUGCUGUCUUUUCAAAAUAGGAUUCUUUACUGACACUGAUAAACCAGCCACAGGAUGUAAAAUUUUUUCAAAAUAUCUUGACAUAUGCAGAAAGUUACAGCAGACAUAUAGAAUGGAACCAGCAGGUAGCCACGGUGUUUGGAGUUUAGACGACUAUCAAUUUGUACCAUUCAUUUGGGGUAGUUCGCAAUUGAUUGGACAUCCUAAAAUUGAGCCCUCCUCUUUUUUGAAGAAGAAUAUAGUAGAUCAAUAUGCUCUCCAAUAUAUGUUUUUAUCGUGUAUACGAUAUAUAAACCAGGUAAAGACUGGGCCGUUCUCCGAGCAUUCGAAUCAGCUGUGGAAUGUGAGUGGGGUUCCUUCCUGGAAUAGAGUGAAUGGGGGACUAGUGAAAAUGUACAAAGCAGAGGUUCUGGCCAAAUUCCCAGUGGUCCAGCACAUUGUAUUUGGAACACUCCUUCCGUUGACAAUGGCAGACCCAAACUCAGCAGUCAGAAAGAUGAAGAGCACUCUAGCAGUAGCUCCCAAAGAGAUUGAACCACUGGUCUUCCAACCUCCAAAGACUCCCAGUGGAGAUCAAGCAUCACAGGAAGAGGAAGAAGAAGAGUCUGAAAGUAGUAAAUCGGAUGAAGUUCAAAGUACACCAACACCUAGAGUGAAGUUAGCAUCAUCUGCAAGCGCAAUGUCCAAGGCAUCGACAACUCCGAAAGAAGCCAGAAAGGGUAUACAUUUCAAAGAAUCUUGAUUCUAUUUAUUUUAUUCCAUUCAUACCUUGAAAUUUAAUUUAUAUUGAUUUUGUUCAAUAAAAUAUUGGUGUUUCAA